CUCAAGUACUCACAAAAUAUCCCACACUCUAUUUCAGCAACAAAAAUCAAUCCAACUUACAUACUUCUUUUUCCCUACAAUUCCAGCAAUUAAGAUGGGAGUCACGGGAGUACAGCCUCACAUCCUCCUUGUCACAUUCCCAGCUCAAGGUCACAUAAAUCCAGCCCUUCAAUUUGCCAAACGUUUAGUAGCCAUUGGUGCACAUGUCACCUUUUCUACAAGCAUGGGUGCCGCACGUCGGAUGUCCAAAACCGGAACUUAUCCUAAAGGCUUGUCUUUUGCUGCCUUCGAUGAUGGUUCUGAACAUGGGUUCAGACCCAGUGAUGAUAUCGACCACUACUUCACCGAGCUCAGGCUAGUUGGCUCAAAAUCUCUGGCUGAACUUAUUGCGGCAAGUUCCAAGAAUGGCCGGCCAUUUACGUGUGUGGUUUACUCCAAUCUCGUACCAUGGGUGGCAAAGGUGGCACGUGAACUAAACCUCCCUUCAACGCUUCUGUGGAACCAAUCUCCUGCUCUUUUAGACAUCUUCUACUACUACUUCAACGGCUAUGGUGAUACUAUUAGCGAGAAUAUCAAUGAUCCAACGUUUUCGCUGAAAUUACCCGGAUUGCCUCCUCUUGGCAGCCGCGACUUACCCUCAUUUUUCAAUCCUAGAAAUACACAUGCUUUCGCAAUCCCGGUAAAUAGAGAGCAUAUAGAAGUCCUUGAUGAAGAAACCAACCCAAAAGUUCUUGUCAACACAUUUGAUGCAUUAGAGUGUGAGGCUUUGAAUUCAAUAGGCAAGUUUAAGUUGGUUGGUGUUGGCCCUCUGAUUCCAUCAGCCUUUCUGGAUGGAGAAGAUCCAACGGACACUUCUUUUGGUGGUGAUCUUUUUCAAGGCUCAAAGGACCACAUAGAAUGGCUUAACUCGAAGCCUGAACUCUCUGUGAUUUAUAUAGCAUUUGGAAGCAUAUCCGCUCUGUCAAAGCCACAAAAGGAGGAAAUGGCUCGUGCCUUGCUAGAAACUGGCCGUCCAUUUUUGUGGGUCAUAAGAGCAGAUAGAGGAGAGGAGAAAGAGGAAGAUAAGCUGAGUUGCAAGGAAGAGCUUGAAAAGCAAGGAAAGAUAGUGCCGUGGUGCUCUCAAGUGGAGGUUUUGUCACAUCCAUCAAUAGGCUGUUUCGUGACACAUUGUGGGUGGAACUCAACUUUUGAGAGCUUGGCUUCUGGGGUGCCAAUGGUGGCUUUUCCACAAUGGACUGACCAAUUGACGAAUGCUAAGAUGGUUGAAGAUGUAUGGAAGACGGGGGUGAGAGUCACGAGUUCUAACAAAGAAGGGGUAGUUGAAGGCGAGGAGAUAGAGAGGUGCUUGGAGGUGGUCAUGGGAGGUGGAGAACGAGGAAAUGAGAUGAGAAAGAAUGCCAAGAAAUGGAAGGAAUUGGCAAGACAAAGUUCUAAAGAAGGUGGCUCUUCUUACAAUAAUCUGAAGGCUUUUGUCGACGAGAUUGCAGGAGUAGCUACGUCGUUAGAAAUAUGAGAUUUGGUUUUCAUGAAUAAUCUACUAACCAAGGAAGGAUUAGAGAACCCUUUGAAGUUAUUUCCUUUAUCAUGCAAACAAAAUCUUAACCUUUAAAUUCAUGAAUUAUGAAUGGUUAAGAUUUCUUCAUAUAAAAUAAGUUCUUAUUUUUUAUUACUAAUAAUAAAAUCUUUCUGUACUUUGACAAGAAAAUGAGGCAUACGUGUUCAUUUUGUAAUUAAUCAAGUCCCUAGCUUGCCUGCUUGAUGCUA